AGGAUAGCGGUGACACUAUACUGUUUGUCGUCGCCGGGGAUCUCACAAUGGCCUCCUGAAGUGGGCCAUUACAGCAGCAGUGACGUCCCGCCGUCGGAGAUAACACUGCUGCUCUGACCUCUGACCCCUGCACGCCCAGCGGACCCCUGAGAGCGGGGAACCCGGCCACGCUGAGUAUUUUGGCACCACUCCACGGUCGACUCAUCGGCCGGCCAAGUGCGUACUGCCUCACCGAUCAAUAUAAGGCACUGGUGCUCUAUCCUCGGGUCACUCAGUGCCUGAGAACGUCCCAAUUACCAUCCCGGACCGUCCCUCCGCGAAAGUUGCGGAAACUUCCCGUCGCGGCCAGGUAUCGAACCGGUCUCUUCCGCGUGCAGGGUGACGCAAGCGGCGAGCGACUGCCAUCAGCGGACGGCCGAGGCAAUCAGCUGACGGCGCCGGGUCCGGGUGCGCUCCGACGAGGCGGCUCCGUCGCGUCCAACAGCUGACCGUGUGCGCGCGCGCUCCCGUGAGCGCUGCCCUGAACGACUCCAAACCGGUGCAAGAUGGCCUCUCACAGCUUGUGGGUGUUUGGAUACGGUUCCCUGUGCUGGUACCCCGGCUUCGAGUACCGCAGCUCGAGAAUCGGCCACAUCAAAGGCUUCUCGCGCCGGUUUUGGCAGGGCAACACCACCCAUCGAGGAGUUCCGGGCAAGCCCGGGAGAGUCGCCACACUUGUUGAAGACGGUGAGACGUUUACACACGGCGUCGCCUACGAGCUGGUGGGCGAGGCGGCACUCAGCUACCUCAACGGCCGAGAGGUCACCCUAGGCGGAUACACUACCCUCUUCACCGAGUUCUACCCUCGCGAGGGCGCCGCCUUCCCGGCUCUCCUGUACGUGGCCACGCCGAGCUCACAGCACUGGCUAGGCAACGCGCCGCUUCACCAGAUCGCCGACCAGGUGGUCUCUUCGCGCGGGGCCUCCGGGCACAACGUCGAGUAUGUCCUGCGGCUGGCAGAGUUCAUGCACGAGCACGUGCCCGAGUGCCGCGACGAGCAUCUCUUUCAACUAGAGCAAUUGGUGCGGCUACGCGUCAAGGAAGCGCGCCUCUGCUUGCGGACGCUGAUGGGGGAGCGCGCGCCAUCGCCAGUCAGCUCUUCGGAAGACGAAGAGGUGGCUCCUGCCGCCCAGCGCACGACGUCUUUCCAGUUCACCAGCGCUGUACCGGCCAAGAAGCUGCGCUGCCUGGGAGUCUGAUCCAGGCAGACGGGAGAGGAGCGGGAGGAGAGGGUAGGAGUCGCCGGGGCUGUGUGGGCGGGGAGGUGAGGGAGGAGGGGAGGCUGGAGUCCGAGACUGGCACCUUUGGCCAUCGCCAACUGUGGUCGCGAUGCCAGCCUUGUUUUCUGGGAGCAUGGACGCAGGUCGCAUGAGGUUUCAAGAGAUGAAAAGGAACGAGUGGGGCUGAAUUAGCCCGGCGGAAGAGAAUCAGGGAGAAAGUCAAGGAGAGACUGCGGGCGAGGGAGGUAGGAAGAGCUUCGAGACUGAAGGGGAGGGAGGUAAGAAGACUUGCAAAACGAAGGACGAUGAAAGUAUGGGAGAACUACGGGGAAGGUAUGAAGAGCUACGAAACUGAGGGCAGUGUGAGGUCAGCAAUCUCUGGAAGGUCACAUGGCUCCUGUUCCUAGACGGGUGGUGGACCAAAUGUGAUUUGGGUGUGAUAGAUGCCGGUCGGGAGGGGGACAGCCGGGGGCUGAGGCGGAUACCGCCCGAGGAGUAGCUAGUGCACUGAACCACCAUGACAAUGACAUGCUUUAACUCUUUUUAGAAGUGUUUUGCAUAUAGUGUCGGGAUUGCGAUGAAACUGAAUGGAAAUCUCAAUUCCACUUCUAUUCUGGAUAACGUUUUCAAAGGAUUACGAAAAAAGGACUGCAUUUCAUAUAAGAUUGCGGCUCAAACUUCUCACAUUCACACCGGUCUCGCUCUCUUUCAGUAAGCCUCUCGAGCAUGAUUUUCUCGUAGGCUGCCAAAACCUGUCAUCAGCUACCUAUAUGUCCUCUGAGCCAUACCUUCAUUGUUGAACAAAUAUUUCCAUAGCUCCUCUGUUCUAUGCGGUGACAUUCACACGCAAUAUAAAGUUACCAAGGUGAUCGGUAGUCUGGGAGGACGGUCUCAGCACACCCCGUCGCCGGGUCGUUCCGCGCGGCUGGGGUACCGUCUCCGUCGUUACCUGAGCAGCUGCCUAUGUUCCUUCGGCCGCUGUAUCAGCGGCUCCUAUAAUAGCGUAGGAUCCGUCUGUGCUCCGCAGACGCGCCGUUUGAACGCUCAGUUAUUUAUGCCGCCUACACUGUGCUCAUUGCGUGAUGUUCGCUGCUGCCAAUGAAUCAAAUCUGCCGGUAACAUGUGGCUUCCAAGCGGUGUAUGUCAUUUGCAACUGUUUGCUUCCGAACUUCCUUUACGGGCCUCCAUGCAUGUUUUACCUUUUUCGUCGUUCCUGGUGUGAAAGUGCUAAGCGGGCUUGGCGAUGUGUUUCAUAUUGGGACAAGGCGUACUGUUUUGUGGCGCACGCUUUCUGAAAUACAUGCCAAAGACGGAAA